AUGAUGAAAUAAGACCAAGACAAGAAUAUUUGGGAAUGGGUUCCUUGCAAUUAUGAUGUUAAGCGCAUAGUAAAGGAUACUCAAACUUCUUGGAAUUUGAGUCCAUAAAUAUCUCUGAAGAUUCCAGCAGAAAAUGGGACCAUCGAUCCAAUCAUUAACAUAAAGAUUGAUUAAAGCAGACCUUUUAUUUAUACAGAAAAUUUAGGAUGGAAUUGGCAUAAGAGUUGGAACCUUCCAGACAUAGGUUUGGAAAUGGAAGUAUAGUUUUAAUUGUUAUAACACUAAAUAGAUUACAGACCCUUUGACAAAUGAGCGUCUAGCCCCUCCAAACAAUAUAUAUGUAUUAAUCAAAAUUAUAGCAAGUGUAAACUGUAAAUCGUCAAGCCAAUCAUAACUCCAAUGAAGACACAUCAUCUCUUAGAAGUGGGUGCUAAAGGAAACCAAAAAGUGGAUAUGGAGAAUGGGAAAUGUAUAUUCUCCGGACUUAAGUUCAACACUACUUCAUAUAAUCAUGAUGUAAUAAAGUUUAAAAAUAGGAUCAGCAUUAACGAUUUCAUAUAGUGAUUACAUUGUAUUUGUGUUAGAAUAAGUUUGAAUUUCCUCAGAUCUUAGAUUCUCGUAUCUCCCCUCCAAUUUUUGUAGAUUCACGUAAAUCUGCCAGAGACAUAGUAAAAUAGAAGGUAAAUUUAUAUUAUUAAUAUAUAUAUAUAGAUCUAAAAAUUGCAAUCAUAUUUCGACCCUUUCUUACCUAAUAAUUUGGAGAAAUAGUUUUUAAUAAUCAAGCCUUCUAAUUAAGAAGUAAUUAAAAAUUCUAUUGAUGGACUCAUAAAUUAUUUCACUGCUCCAAAUAUACGGCAUAAAGUUAAACAUCCAAUUUUCUUGUUACUUAAAUUCAGUGCUUGUAUCUAAAUGUAUGUAAACUCAGCUAAAAUUAAAUUUACAGAAGUAAGUUUCUACAUAAUAUUUAGCCUGACAAUUUGAUUUAAACCUUAUAACAUGUUCUCUCAACUAGCAAUGCAUUACAAGGAAUUUAAAAGAUAGAUUAAAAACUCAUCAUUUUAUAUAUUGAUUGUAAAACCAAUGAAACCAAAUCUUAAUAGAAUAUUAAAAAGAUAUUAGAAUUUCUUGAACCUCUUAAUAAUGAUUGUGUUUAGGUUAUUAUAGAUAUUAAUGAUAUACCUAAAGGUUUUAUGCAAAUUGAAAAUCUAGUAAAAAUACUAAACAUAAAUCAUAGGAUGAAAUGCAAUAAGCUUACCAUAGAGUUUAUAAUUCCUUAUUGAAAUAUAGAAGGGAAGAUGAUUAAAUUGAUUAAGAAUAAUUAGAAGAAGAAUAUAAUGCAAAAAUUCCUGAAAAAAAGAAGAAAAAAGAACUUAAAGAACCUGAAUAACCAAUUAAUCCUGAGAGAAUAAGAAAAAUAAUUCAUAUUUCAGGUAAUCUUCCCAACCAAAGUUCAAAUUCGAUGCCUGAACAAGAUAGUGUAUAUAUUUAUAUAUCAUCACUUAGAACCAAAUUAAAAUGGAAUAAUUCUCUAUUCCCAAUAAUGUUUAAUUAAGACUGCCAACUUAAGAGUAAUCAUAGUAGUAUUUGCAAUAAUCAUAACUACAAUAACAAUAACUAUAAUAGAAUUUAGCCUUUAAUCCAAUGUCGUUAUGGUUAUAUCUAUAAAAACUUCCUUCAUGA